CUGAUUCCCUUCUACAAACUCUGCUGCUGUGGAGCGGCGUGUGUGUGUGUGCGUGCGAGAGACACCGGUUAGCUGCAGACUUCAGGCACGGCGGUUCGGUGGCUCGGCGGUUCGGCCCGGUUCUGGGACUGUAAAGAACAGGAAGCGGUGUGGGAGUUUAAGCCGUUUAUUUUGAGAGUUUAUUUUGCUGUGGCUUCACCGCGGGGUCGUGCGGUUGGCGGAGCGGGAGAGAGGCUCUCUGAGGGCGGCGUGUGGCAUGGCAGCUCCCCGGCCUAUUAAAGGCAUCUUAAAAAACAAGAACAGCGGUGCUAGAGUCUGCGCCGAGCCCCCGCCGGAGAGCACGGAGCCGAGGGCGCCGGCGGUGACCGAGGACGACCCGCAGAAGAAGUCGCAGAAAUGGGACGAAAUGAACAUUCUAGCCACGUAUCACCCAGCAGAUAAGGACUAUGGGCUGAUGAAGAUUGACGAGCCAAGCACACCGUACAAUCGGAUGGUGGGGGAUGAGGAAGAUGAGGAGGCGCACAGCGAUGGUGAGGCGAACGCUGCCCUCACUGUGGACGACCUAGCCAAAAAACUGGCAGCAGCUGAAGGCACAGAGCCUCGUUUUAUGCAGCAAGAAGAAGAGGAGAGCAGUGAGGAGGAAGAGGAGCUGACUGCAGAGGAACAAGCCAAAAAGAAGCAGUUCGAGAUGAUGAGGAAGAUGCAUUACAACGAAGGUCUUAACAUUAAACUGGCCAGGCAGCUGAUCGCCAGCGAGCUGGAGGAGGAGGAAGAUGAGGAUGAGGAGAUGAGGGACGACACUGAAACGGAGGACAUUAAUGUAGACCCCCCUCAAGAUGCAGAUUCCUUAGACUCAUAAACCGUGACGUCGCCUCACCUGCAGCUCCUGCCUCGGCUCGUGACCUGUCAACAGUGUGUGCACUGCCUCACGACCGCAGAGGACACUGCUUCAGGACCCGCUCCCACCAACCUCCUCCUGUAUUUUACAAGCACUGCAAUGCAAAACCAUAUCAACCUGCUGGUUGCUCCCCCUGUUGCCAAGAGUGUGUUUGUCUUACUGUUGUCAUGCAAUGAAACAACAAAACGAGGCCUAAAGACACUGUUUUUAAACAGUGUUUUAUGAGAAAAGACUUCACCCUCUCUUGGGCACAGCGUGAAGGUCUGAGAAAGCUUGAAAAAGCUUGCAAACCCUGAGAAGACUCGUCCUGCCCAACAGCUCCUGCUCUUCUGCACCGCCAAGUGACCGCAGCAGCAAGCCACUGCUUUUCCCAUCUGUUCUCCUCAGCCCAUAUAUGGCUGUUUGUCUGAGAACUGAUCUGUGACCUCCUCUAUAGAAAACAGCUACAAAGCAUUAAUACUUGUAAUGCAAUUAAAGCCCACAGUAUACUUGCUCUUCGACUUAACCUGACCAGCUGCCUGUAGAUUAUAUAUAUAUAUAUAUAUUGCUGCACAACACCAUGAUAUAUCCACUUUGACCCAAAUCUUCUACGAGUUAUGGAAAUGGCAUUGUUGGCAGUGUUUUUAAAGUGUGCACACAUCACACAGUGUAACAGAUUAGCCUCUGCUUCUUUUGAUUUUUGUGUAUAGUUAAAGAAGGGACAGGAAUAACUACUGUAAAACUGCAUGGUUGAAUUUUGGGCACAGGAGCUGUUAUUUUUUGCUAUUUUUUUAUGGAGGAUGAGGGCCUGCCUCUACCUCCUAUAUCUGGUUUAUAAGCCUAAAUCAUCCAAAAACCUGUUUUUACACAUCAAGACAGCUCUAGACCAGAAUUGCCUCUCUUUUUGGUUCGGUUUCAAAUUUACACCUGUUAUUUGGAUUUUGACCAAAGUCAAUGUCCAAAGGUUUGAAGGUCCAGACCAACCAGAGCAGGUAUAAAAGCAAAUGUAUGCAUUUAAUGCUUGAGUCAUCUGGUUACAUUUAUCACCACUGUAAACAAUGCUGGUCAGUUUCUUCAGAAUAUAGUAUUUCACACCAAAUCAGUGUAAAAGACUGUGCUUAUAGCUAAACCCUAAAGUUAUGCAGGGAUUUAAAGAAUUGCAGAAAAAUGCACAAAAUAGUGCAUUUAUAUCUAUUAAGUUCUACACACUAAUGACCAGCUUGUUUAACUGUGCUCUUUACUCAUUCAGAUUCUGCACUGUUUUAGAGGUUGACAAAACAGUUUUGUGAGCAUUUACAUGACAUGAAAGUUCUGUUGCCAUUGACAAUCCUUUAGGAGCAUUUAUGAUUAAGGGCAAACUUGCUACAAGCCUCUCAGACUAAAAUCAAUACAUUCAGUAGUAGUUUUGAAGUGAGAACCAGUGUUUAUAAAGCACUGUUAUUACUUUAAUAAAGCUGGCUGUAUGUUGUCAGGCUGUGGGUCGGGGCCUUUGCAGUUGUUCAGAUUUUUCUCCGGCCUGUUUUAGUUGUUUUGGAGUGACAUAUGUAGAAGCAGUAUAUAGAAGUCUCAGUUUAUGAAAUAAUAUAUAAAAUACAUAACAUACAUACAUACAUCUGGAGACAUGGUCCCCUAUAAUUUUCUACCGAUGACUUGGGGCUGCUGCCCUCUCGUGGCUAGAAUUUGAAAUGUUAAGAUUUGCAUGGCCUCUUAAAUCCAUGUUUGGUAUUACUUGAGCUGUUGAAACUAUGCCCCAUGUGGUUUAAUAUGAAUUAAACCAAAUGUAUUUCAUAAUUUAUUACCAAGCAAAACUGUGUUAUCUACUGAUGAAGAGCUGUACUGAAUCCCAGAUUUAAAACCAUUUGUUGAUAAAUAAUUGCAGUGAUAAGCAAUAGUUGUGUUUUGUUUUUGCGUUGCCUAUAUUUUGUCACUGUUUUCCUUUUGUUUAUCCCUCAUGUUUGAUUAUAUAAUGCACCCAGUGGUAAUAUUGUUUUAUAUUCUGUUCUGAUACCUCUUUGCCUGUGCUAAUAAUGACACCAGAACAGGUAAUCUUCAUGCAGUCACUGCUAUCCUCUGUAUUAUACAGCUUACAAACUGCAUUACAAACUGCAUCACUAGUUUGACCUUUUUUUUGUCCUUACUAUGUCACCAUAAACCCCUCUCUAACAUCCACUAUACACUUGCUCACUUUGUGUGUCUUGAGUAUUAGAAAUAUAUCUGGAUAUGGUCACACCACAUCCGAAUGCAAGUGUAAACGCACCAUAGACGCAUUUAAAACAUAAAAAUCUGAAUCACAUACAUUUGUUUUGCUAGCUCGCUUGUCUGAUACACUUGAGCCAGGUUUAAAUGAUUUUGGCUAAAACCUUGUCAGAAAACAAUCCAGAAACUGGUCAUAUAAAGUGACAAGUUUUAAACAGGGUUCUGAUCACUUUAUGCAUCUUGAGUUUAAAGAUCUGGAUAAUCUGGAUAAGAUCAAGUCGCAUUAAACUGCAAGUGUAAAUACUCCAAAACAUAUUUGACAGCCGAAACACCAGCAAUAAAUGUUAUUACAAAUAAGCAAUUUUGGAAAUUCUGCUUCAUACUUUAAUCUGAUUCCAAACUGAAAAUGUGUUUGAUAAUCAAGUGUUAAUGCAUGGGUCUAAAAAUCGUAUUAUUAUGCAAUCCAGAUACUACACACAAAGUGACCCGGUGUAUACAGGAUCUUUCCUUUCUCCUAGUUAAAUAUUUUUUAAUGUUUAUUAUUAUUAGUUCUCACCCAACUCAUAUGAGCACUUGUUUGUUUAUUAUAUUUUUACUUUAUAUGAUAAUGAAUAAAUCUAAACAUGACAUGGCCAUUUAAAAAUACAGCAUGCCAUUGUUCCUCUUUGCAGCAUCAGAAACAAUAUCUGUGUGUGUGUGUGUGUGUGUGUGUGUGUGUGUGUGUGUGUGUGUGUGUGUGUGUGUGUGUGUGUGUGUGUGUGUGUGUGUGUGUGUGUGUGUGUGUGUGUGACUGUGAGUGAGAAACAACAAUCUUUAAUGUACAAGUCUUUGAAAGUUUAUAUUUUUGCGAUUUUCUUUUUCAAGAACUUUUGACACAAAGAUGCAAAGCAUUAGCUGUUUUUAAAGGGAAACUCCAAAUUCCAAAUUCUCUGUAUAAACACACACACACACACACAUAUAUAUAUAUAUAUAUAUAUAUAUAUAUAUAUAUAUGUAUAUAUAUAAACCUAUGACUGCAAAACAAAUAUGGCCAUUCUAUUUUCUAUCCAAUCCCACCAGUAAAACUUCCACCACCAUGUGUCUUCUGAGUUGUAUAUCUAAUUUUUGACCAAAGCACUCAGAAAGGAUUGUUCACAUGUUAAUAUUUUAAUUAUCAGAGAUUUUGAAAAGUGGAUUUUUUUUUUUUUUUUUUUUUUUACUGCUUAUGCCUUUUUAAGACUUCCCUCUGCAUUCAGUUUAAAGUGCUGGACACGUCAAAUGAGAGGAAUGAGAAAUGACGAGGCGUUCAUAUUUGACUACGUCCCGCUGAAGUGCUGUAACAAGUGCAUCAGGACAGCACUGAUUUAGCUAUAUUAAAUUUCCCAGUGAAGAACUUAAUGACCUAAAGCUUUUAGCUUGUGCAUCUGAUCCUUUCUAUUAAAUUCUUAUAGUAAGUGAUGAGGCCUGCCGUCUACACUGAAGGAAGCUUUGCUAGACUACUGGGCAUGUGCUAUAAACUGAUGAUCAUGAAUCUUGUGUAUGUGUGUAAAUUUGUAAAUGCUCAAAUGUGUAUUUUUAUUAACUCUCUCUUUGUUGCCUGCCUUUGUUGUUUUUUUUAUUUUUCUUUUAUUUUUGCUUAUUGUUUUUUCAUUAAUUUCAUCUUGUUUCUAAUUUUGGUCACUGCAGUCCACCCCUCACAGAAAUGAGAAGGUUGUCUAACUUUUUUUUUUUUUUAAGUCAAAUACAUUUGCAUGUUGUUUACCUUACAGAUGUGUAUAUUUGUCAUUAUUAAAAUAUGUUAAUGAGGUCUA